CGCUCAUUAAACCCCUGGGACGACGGCAACUUCCACCGCAUUCCCUAAUUCCAUCAAUCACUGCUUCCUGCAUCCGUUCAUGACAGAAAUACACGGCAGUGGUAACAGCAGCAUCGCCAUCCUCGCCAGCCUCUGACCCCUCCGUUCGUCCGUCCUGUCGCUCGUUGAAGAUCUGACCAGAUCAUCCACACUCGCUCCGGCCUCGCGUGCAACGGCGGCAUCGCGAUAUUCAUUGCCGCACUCACUUCCCACCCACAACACCACCGCCGUCCACACCCAACGGGCUCGGCCACGAUUGGAUACCCACGCCCACACAGCAUACCAAACAUCCUCAUCUCCAUCCUCAUCGCCAACAGGAAGGCUACACCCAGCAUUCACCACCAAACGCCCUCUGCUCGCCCACUGUGAUGCCUGCACCUCCGCCUCACAUCAUCUGGUAACAUGGCCGACAGGUACCGCAGCCGCUUAACAGCAGCAAAGCGGCAACCUCUGGCGGAAGUCACCAAUAACACGAACACCCCACCUGUCCAAAGCCGACAAGCCAAGUCUGCCAAAGCAGCCUCCAUCUCCCCAGGCAAUCUACCCCACAAUGAAUCCCUCGAACCGAACGGAUCUCUGGUGGUGCGCGGCAGCAAUCCCAGCUCUCCUGAACACGCCCGCGUCUCCCAGAUUGCCACCCAGGAAGCUCGUGACACCAAGCGCGACUCCGCCAUAUCUACCACCUCCACCAAUGCCUCGGGCAGAAGGCGCAAGACAUACAUCGGCCACUGGCAGCUGGGCAAGACCAUUGGCAAGGGAGGAUGCUCGCGCGUGAGAGUGGUGCGACACAAGACGCGCCAUCUGUAUGGUGCCGUCAAGAUCGUCACGCGCAGCACCGCGGAGAGCACGCGUGCACAAAGCCUUGCCAACCUCAUCGAGAGCACCAAGGGUAGCCAUGCGCCUACCACUUCAGGACACAAGCCCAUCCCGUAUGGAUUGGAGCGCGAAAUUGCGGUCAUGAAGCUUCUCGAGCACCCCAACAUCGUACGGCUGUAUGAUGUAUGGGAGAAUCGCAACGAAUUGUAUCUGAUCAUGGAGUAUGUAGACGGCGGAGAGCUGUUCCACUACGUCGACGACAGGAAAGGUCUACCAGAGGAGGACACGGUGUACAUCUUCCGCCAGAUCGUCUCCGCUCUCCUCUACUGCCACCGUCUGCUCAUCUGCCAUCGCGACCUCAAGCCGGAGAACAUAUUGCUCAAUCAAAAUGACCUCACCGUCAAGCUAAUCGACUUUGGCAUGGCGGCACUUCAGCCUGAAGGACGGCAACUCAGCACCCCGUGUGGUAGCCCUCACUAUGCGGCCCCGGAAGUCGUGAGCAGUCGACCCUAUGACGGCAAGCAGGCCGACGUAUGGAGCUGCGGAGUCAUCCUGUAUGUGAUGCUGACGGGUACGACACCUUACAACUACUCCCCAGACGGUGACAUCCGCUUGCUCUUCCGCGACAUUGCCAAAGCAAACUACUGGAUGCCGCCGAGCCUCAGCCUGGAGGCGAAAGACCUGAUCCGGCGGAUCUUCGUCCCCGAUCCAAAGCGCCGCAUUACCAUGGACGAAAUCUGGGAGCAUCCGCUUGUACACAAAUAUGACAAACAGUUCGGCUGUCCCAGCCAAACCAAGGAAGACGCCAUCGGGCCCAUUCCAACGGUCACCGACUUCAAGGUCAAGCGCAUACAAGACGUCGACCGUGAGAUCUUGCGCAACAUGCGCACCCUAUGGCAUAGCGAAUCAGAGCAGGGUCUCAUUCAAAAGCUCCUCAGCGACGAAAUCAACCAGGAAAAGCUGUUUUACGCUGCAUUGUUGAAGCAUCGUGAGGAGAAUCUGGAGCACUAUGCCGGAACCGACGACAUGGGCCACUCGAACAGCGACUACCACCACAAUCAGCUGCCAUUGUCUUCCGCAGCGCCGCCGCUACCCACUGCUUCCGCUCCAAGAUCGCAGUCCCAGUACUCGAUCCUGAAUGACGAGCACCUCAAGCCCAGCCAUAGCUUUGUUGAGCCGCCCCCUUCGAUUAGCAGCUACGACCCUUACAGAGCCUCCAAGAACCCGAUCGUUGCACGUGGUGAAUACGUGAACGUCACCGUCCAUCGCAACGAAAGCGCUCGUGGAACCCGCAGGGUCAGUGCCAAGCGCAGUCUGCGACAUCCCAACUCACUCCGCAUUGAAACGCUCAAGCAAGGAAAUCGUCGCACCUCGGAGCACUCAUCGUCCAGCCUCGGACAUUCUGCGCGCAGUUUGAGGCGGUCCUCGGCGUCCAAACACUCCAUGACGACCUCAGUCUGGCCUAGCAGUCCCCCAGUCAUCGCAACGAUGCGACCCUCGGAUGUCCAUAAGCGUGGUGUAAGCUUUGGGCAUCUACGGCGUACAUCUACCGUCAGCGCUUUAGAAGCUCAGGGUUCCGGGAAGCCCCCAUCUACUCCGAGCAUCUCGACCAUCUGCAAAGACCGGCGCAAAACGCGGACAGCAAGCAGUCGAGUUGAAAGCUGCAGCCCGACUGCUCAUGCGGAUCAAGCCAUUCUUUCGCGCAAAGAGAAAGCGCCUCUGCCGAAGACUCCACGUAUCAAGGUGCGGCACGCGGACGACUCAACUCUGCACAUCCGUAACGACAUUCGCAAGCACAGUGCGGAGCUUGAAAAGGCAUGCGAGGAAGCCUUCUUCCGGAGCUCUGUCGGGUCCAGCCUCACUGCUCAAACCACGUUCUCGGACAAGAACGACCCGUUCAACACGCCGCCAUCCUCUGUGUCCCCUCCUGCUCGCACAACUCCAAUCAUGAAACAGCAGGGCCUCAAACCAAUGUCGCGCCCGUUGCCCGCAAUUCCAAAGGAAACACCUAACACGUACUUGACGAAGACGUUGGAGGAGACGAGGGAAAAGCUUGCCGCUUAUCAGCCCAACGGCGAAGACAACACUGCCAAAUUCGAAGAGGUGAUGAAGAUGUUGGAGAGCAUCAUGCCUGGUAUGCGAAAGUCGCCCGAGAAGCGUGCGACAUCUGCACCCGAUGCGAAGACGCCAGACCGUCGUGGACCUUUGCCCGUUAAAUCAGAGGAAACGGACUAUCGCCACAGCAAGGAUACUGCGGGCAAAUGGCUUCGAUCUGCCACUGCGCCAGUGUCCAGGGAGAAGCUUUCGGAGGACAGGACGAUUCGAGUUGUGCCUCCCUCAUCUCCGGGCACGGUCGCGCCAUUGAAUGUUCGCAAGCGCAGCAAUGGGAGCGAUACGAGCAGCGCGGGUUCACAAAGUCGCCUGAGUCCGAAACACUCUCAGGAGCGGAUGGGUUUGAAACGUGGCAACGACACUGUUGGCAGCUUGGCAGUCAUUGACGAGGACACUGCACUUUCGUCACCUCAAAAUGACACCCCGACUUUGAGAAGGAAGCAGUCUGGUUGGUUUGGGAUUAACAGGAAGAGAGCAGACGUGGAGAACAACACGAGCGACGGUGCUGCUGCUGUCUCCCCCGGCGAUGUUGUCGAUCGAAGAGAUCGGAGACCGUUGAGGACGGCGAUCAAGACGCAGUCAGAGAAGCCUCUGCCAGAAGAGCCCCCGCCAUCCGCGCUGUCAAGUGAAUUCCCAAUUCGCAAGACCAGGCUUGUGGGAGGAAAGAAGAGCUUUUCCAAAUGGCUUGGGAAAAUAGGUGGGGAUAAGACUGAUCCCGUGAACGACGCAGGCGACAACUCCAACAUAGUCCACCCGUCCAUGGACUCGCUCUUCUCUUCCGCCUCACCAGCACCAUCCAGCGACGACAGCCCGCCGAUCGGCGGCCCCGAGCGCUCCUGGUUCGCGAGGUUCUUCCACUUCAAGCCCAUGUCGAAAGUCCUCUGCUUCUCCAUCCCACGUGGUCGCGCUCGACAGGAGCUUGUCCUCUUGCUUCGCGAAUGGCAGCGUCAUGGCAUUCGCGACCUCCAGUAUUCCCGGGAGACGAACACCGUCACAGCGCGGGUCGACAAGCACAAUUCGCUAGAUAUCAAGCCUGUGGCGUUCCGAGUGGAGCUGUUUGUUGUGCUAGAGCAUGGACGGAAGGCGGGUUUGUCGAUUGCGCGCUUUGUGCAGGUCAAGGGGGCCGCGAGUGGGUUUAGGCGAGUGAUGGAGGUGGUUGAUGGAGUGAUGAGGGGACGCGGCUGGUUGGUGGAGGAUGAGGAGAAGUGGAAGGCAUUGUGUGAGGUGGUUGGUGGGUGAGCAUCUCUUGUGCUCGUUGGGGUAAGUCUGAUCGAAGUCCUGGACACACAAGCACACACACUGUUGAAAAGAAAGGACGGGGGCAGGUGGUUAGGGCGAAGCAUGCUUGCGGUGGCGAAAGCUACAAAGGUACUUUCUUUGCGAUUUGACGGACAGGCGGGCGUCUGAUGGCAUGGCGUGGGUUGGCGUUGACACCGACUCUAAAAGGGCAGUGAGCAUGAUUACAGGGGGAUAGAUUCUCGAUAGACGCUGGUA